UUCAAUUUCAGACUUACCACUGUUGAACUUGCAUUGAUAACUUCAUAGGGAGACUGCCGUCCACACAUCAAGGAUGGAGAGGGUACAAUUUCAGCAGGAGCAGAUGCUUGCAGAGCUCAAGGAUCUCGUGCAAAAAAGUUUGUUCAACCAAUCUGAGGUUAAACAGAUUGUGAAAAAACGUACACAGUUCGAAACCGCACUUGUCCGUCGCAUCCCAAAAAAGAGUGACUUCCUGCGAUACGCGGCGUAUGAGAUGAACCUGGAGCAGCUGAGGCGGAAGCGCGUGGAGAGACUGAAACUUGAAAAGACCGCGUCGUCAAUAUCAGAUUAUGCUCUUGUUCGCAGACAAUUCCAGAUAUUUGAACGUGCGCUCAGGAAAUUCAAGUCGGACGUAGGAUUGUGGAUACAGUAUAUCCAAGUUGCAAAACGUGAGGGGGCUCGUUCACUAGUGGGGCGCAUAACAGCCAGGGCCCUCCAGCUCCAUCCAAGAACACCUGCAUUAUAUAUCAUCGCUGCCUCUCACGAACUUAACCACAUGUCCCCUUCCGCGGCACGCGCCCUCCUUCAGCGUGGUCUUCGACUCAAUGCAGAUAGCGUUGAUAUGUGGAGAGAGUACGUGCGAAUGGAAAUGGGUUUCGUCGAAGGGAUGAGACGAAGGUGGACUGUGCUGGGAAUUCAUGAGGAAGAUCACCCUAUUGCUGAGGCAGAGACAACUGCCGAGGAAGAUACGGCGCCACUAACCCCAGAAGAGAUAGCGGCUGAGAAAGGAGGUGACGAAGGCGAGAGGGCACGGCAAGCCAUUAUGGAUGGUGCUAUUGUCAAGUCCGUGAUUUUGAGCGCUGCAAAAGCUCUGCCUAGUAUAAAUUUAUUUUCAGCUCUCGAGGUCCUAAUUCGUUCAUAUCCUAGCCAAGAGCGCCUUCGCACGGCCCUUCUUGAUCAUCUAUAUAGUGUUCUUAAAGACACACUACAGGGCGACCCUCACGCGGUGAAAAUGCUGGCGACAAGAAAACUUCGAGAACUUACAUCUCAGGAGAAUGAUGAUGAUUCUGUCAUGGCCGAAGGCGAAGAAUUCAUCGAAGCCCUUCAAGCUGCAAAUGAGUCUUUCUCCGCGGCUGUUGGCGCCGGGAGCACGAACGCCUCUGGCAUGGCUGAUGUCUAUGUUGAAUUUAUAGAGGAGUGGUGCAAAUUGCCCACGCUGGAUCCGAAUUUACGCAUAUAUCUUAUAGCUUCCCUCCGGAAACUUGCUCGACAGCCGAACGCGCCACCUUUAUUACAGGCUGCACACAUGCGACUGACAUCGCCUUCCAAGGAGGCUCUUUAGCUUGCACGUAGCUAUACCGCAGCAUAAAAUCACUGUAUUGCGCUGUGGUCCAAGUGGAACCGGACUUAUGGAGAGUAUGGACGAGACCG